CUUGGGGAUGGACUUGACAAGGGGAAGGGGAAGGAAGAGCUGGAAGGCGCGGAGAGGAAGAAAGCGAGAGCUGAGGAGUCACAGUAUCCGCUUGGCGUUUAUGAGCCCCACACAGGACUGGUGCAUUGUAUGUAUAUCUCUACUACUUUUUCCCCCUGUUUUUAUUUUGUUUUCUCUAGAUCGCGCAGACACGCAACCUACUCGCUGUCACUGGGAACAAAUUGGACAGCGGAAGAUGCUUCGGGGAACGAAGGCAGGAAAUGGCGCUUGGGCGCUUGCGUGGGUCGAUACACACAUUGAACUGCCCACACCGGAAGAGGCAGAUCCAUAUGCACAAACGAGAGCAGAAAUUUUGGAGGCAGUAAGGGAGACGUGUUAG